GUUUUCAUUUCAGGUGGCUCAUUCUUGCAGCAAUAGCUAUGUGGAGUCCACCAGUCCUGAGCCCUCCGAGGGGGUGGCCAUGGCGGUGGGGUGUUCUGUCUGUGGCCUGACUCAUUCUCCUCCCUCUCUAGGCAGCUAUGAAUACAAGGCUGUGCUGAGAGAAGUGGGGCAUGGCUGCAGCCCUGCAGGUCUUGCCCUGUCUCCUCCGAGCCCCAUCACGUCCAUUCCUCUGGGGGCCCCCGGUGGCCCGGAUGACCAGUGGUAUGGCCUUGGCAGAACAGGCACGGCAGCUGUUUGAGAGUGCUGUGGGUGCCGUGCAGCCGGGCCCCAUGCUGCAAAGGACACUGUCCUUGGAUCCUAGUGGCAGACAACUGAAGGUGCGGGAUCGGAGCUUUCAGCUACGGGAAAACCUCUACCUAGUGGGCUUCGGCAAGGCUGUCCUGGGCAUGGCCGCUGCUGCUGAGGAGCUACUGGGCCAACAUCUCGUGCAGGGUGUGAUCAGUGUUCCCAAGGGGAUCCGAGCUGCUAUGGAGUAUGCUGGAAAGCAAGAGAUGCUGUUGAAGCCACACAGCCACAUCCAGGUGUUCGAGGGUGCGGAAUACAACUUACCAGAUCGUGACGCACUGCGGGCUGCUCUGGCCAUCCAGCAGCUGGCAGAGGGGCUCACUGCUGAUGACCUGCUGCUUGUACUCAUUUCAGGUGGAGGCUCAGCCCUGCUGCCUGCUCCCAUCCCACCUGUCACACUGGAGGAGAAACAGAUGCUCACCAAGCUGCUGACAGCCCGUGGAGCCACAAUCCAGGAGCUGAACACCAUGCGCAAGGCCUUGUCCCAGCUGAAGGGUGGAGGGUUGGCUCAGGCUGCCUAUCCUGCUCAGGUGGUAAGCCUCAUCUUGUCAGAUGUGAUUGGGGACCCUCUGGAGGUGAUCGCCAGUGGCCCCACUGUGGCCAGUGGCCACAGUGUGCAAGAUUGCCUGCACAUCCUUAAUCGCUACGGGCUUCGUGCUGCUCUGCCACGCUCCGUGAAGACUGUGCUCUCCAGAGCUGACUCUGACCCCCGCGGGCCACAUACCUGUGGUCAUGUGCUCAACGUGAUCAUUGGCUCUAAUUCUCUGGCGCUGGCUGAGGCUCAGAGGCAAGCUGAGGUACUGGGCUACCAUGCCAUGGUGCUGAGCACAGCCAUGCAGGGCAAUGUAAAAAGUGUGGCACAGUUCUAUGGGCUGUUAGCCCAGGUGGCUGCAGCCCGCCUUACUUCGUCCACGGUUGGGCAUCUCUCGGCAGAGGAGGCAAAACUCCAUCAGCUGGCAGCUGAACUCCAGCUCCCAGACCUGCAGCUGGAGGAAGCUCUGAAAGCUGUGGCAAAGGCUCAAGGCCCAGUCUGCUUUCUGGCUGGUGGCGAGCCCACGGUGCAGCUGCAGGGAUCUGGCAAGGGCGGCCGGAACCAAGAACUAGCCCUACAUGUGGGAGUAGACCUGGGGAGACAGCCACUGGGACCCAUUGAUGUGCUGUUUUUGAGUGGAGGCACCGAUGGGCAGGAUGGGCCUACAGAGGUGGCCGGGGCCUGGGUCAUGUCUGACCUUGUCAGCCAGGCUUCUGCUAACGGCCUGGACGUGGCCACCUCCCUUGCCCACAACGACUCAUAUACCUUUUUUUGCCACCUCCAGGGUGGAACACACCUGCUACAUACAGGGCUGACAGGGACCAAUGUCAUGGAUGUUCACAUUCUGAUUUUUCGUCCUCAUUGAUGGCAUAGGUCAUAUUUUGAGAGUAUCAAAGAAACCUGUGAGGGCAGAGUCUUCUAGAAAGAUCAUGGGCUACCUCCCAGGGCCUUGCUGUGCUUCAGGACUCUCCUCUUCACCUAGUUGCUUUGUUGCUUCACUCACCUUCCACAGGUCAACAGCACAUUCUUUCCCUGAACUAGAUUAGAAAGUUACCUAGGGGUCUCUU